AUGAAGCCUUGGCUUGCAAUCACAAACCAAGACUUCUCGACUUCACCAUUCAUUACCCACUUCAACCUUCGGGUCCUGGCAAUCGACAAGAACACCUCAUCGCUGGCUAGGAACACUAAGACCAAAUCUAAGCUUGAGCUUGUUUGGGAUGACGCCGAUGAGAGAGUCAUAGUGCCUCAAGGCAUCACCGCACUGAAGGAACUGCAAUCUUUCUUAUUGACCGAGGGCUACAAAGACAGGCAGUCGAUUUUCUCUCAGUAUGGUGACACAUCUGUGGGUCUCUAUAUCGGAGACAAGGUUGUGCCAAGCAGCAUUGCCAACGUCGUCAUCGAGGCGCUGGUGAUGCGUCUUGGGGAGUCUGGGAUGCCAAAAAGACUCGGUGUCCAGCUUUGUGGCGAUGGCCGCAAUUCUGACUACACUUCUGGUAUCAUGAUCGAUACUACACCUGGUGCUGCCUCGCUCAUCAACGCUCAAGUAGCCGUGAGCGCGUGGAGCAAUGCUACGUGUAUCGACGGACUCCAGCACAGUACAAACUUUGGCAGCUUCCUCGUCGACACCUUCAAGGAUGAUACCGCGGUUUCUCGCGCUUCCAACUCUUCGGCAUCGAAGCUCUCGAAGCGCGCAGAGUGCAAAACCAUUCAGGUCAAAUCGGGAGAUGGCUGUGGCGACCUAGCUCAGCGUUGUGGAAUCAAGUCAGCCGACUUCACAAAGUACAACAGCCAGACGAAGAACCUGUGCUCUACUCUGAUCGAUGGCCAGCAUGUUUGCUGUACCUCUGGAGAUUUGCCUGAUUUUCGCCCCAAGCCCAGGCCUGACGGCGGGUGCGCAACAUAUACUGUCGAAUCAGGCGACUUCUGUAGCAAGAUUGCGGCUGCAAACUCUCUCAAGGUUGAAGACAUUGAGAGUUUCAACAAGAAUACCUGGGGCUGGUCUGGGUGCAAUCUCUUGUUCGACAAGGCAGUGAUUUGUUUGAGCAAAGGCGACCCGCCUAUGCCCAACCCUAUUGCCAACGCAGAGUGUGGACCUCAGAAGCCUGGCACGAAGAAGCCUGAGAAGGGGACAGAUCUUGCCGAUCUCAACCCGUGUCCUCUAAACGCAUGCUGCAACAUCUGGGGACAAUGUGGUAUCACGGCAGACUUCUGCAAGAACACCACGCUUGGAGCUCCAGGUACUGCAAAGCCAGGGACCAACGGGUGUAUUUCCAACUGCGGGACCGACAUCGUGAAUAAUAAGUCCCCCCCCUCGUCUUUCAUGUGUGUCGGCUACUUCGAGGCUUGGAAUCAAGAUCGACCGUGCCUCUGGAUGGAUGUUUCGGAGCUCGAAAAGAGAUCUGAACUUACCCACGUUCAUUUUUCAUUUGCUCGACUUACUGAUAGCUUCGAAGUUGAUGUCAGCCACGUCUCCUACCAGUUCAACAAGUUCAAGAAGCUCAGAGGACCCAAACGCAUUCUUGCCUUUGGGGGCUGGGUGGACUCUACUCAUCCUACAAAGUAUCAUAUUCUUCGUAACGCGGUCAAGAUGGAGAAUCGACUUCAGGUCGCAAAGAAUAUUGCAGCUUUCAUCAAGAAGCAUGAUCUGGAUGGUGUUGAUAUUGACUGGGAAUAUCCUGGAGCUCCGGACAUCCCAGACAUCCCCAAAGCCGAUGAAGAGGAUGGGAAGAACUACCUUGGCCUAUUAACCCUUCUCAAGGGCCAAUUGGGCGGUUUGUCGCUAUCCAUUGCAGCUCCUGCUUCUUUCUGGUAUCUGAAGCCCUACCCCAUCAAUAACAUCGCCAAGGUAGUUGACUACAUCAUCUACAUGACCUACGAUCUACACGGCCAAUGGGACUACGACAAUAAAUGGGCUUCUCCCGGCUGUCCGAAAGGAAACUGCUUACGAUCCCACGUCAAUCUCACAGAAACGAUGGGUGCUCUCUCCAUGAUUACCAAGGCUGGCGUGCCCUCGACCAAGGUUAUCGUUGGCAUUACAAGCUAUGGAAGGUCCUUCAAGAUGGAGAAAAAGGGAUGUGUAGGUCCCAUGUGUACGUUCCUCGGGUCCUCGACAGAGUCAUUAGCUCGCAAGGGCGUUUGCACCGGGGAGUCCGGAUACAUCUCGAAUGCGGAGAUUGAGAAUAUAGCCAACAAGCAGGCAACCUGGUGGAUUGACGAGAGCGACUCCGAUAUUCUAGUUUACAAUGAUACCGAGUGGGUUGCCUACAUGUCUGACUCGACCAAGAGGAGGCGGAUUUCCAAGUAUCAAGGACUCAACUUUGGCGGUGUGACCGACUGGGCCGUUGAUCUUCAAAAGUUUGGCAAGCUUGAAAAUAGCAACUUGAUCGAAAUAAUCGACAAGGACGGUAAAUGCAAGUGGAAGACGAAAGAUGGGUUUAGCUGUCUAGACAAACCCGUCAGAGAGUCUGGUAUGAGCCCCAAGACGCGCUGGGAUGCCAUGCGUGCCCCUUGCGCUUGGAGAGACUUGGCGUCUUCUUGGGUCGAUAAGAGAUCAUCUGAGGGUCUGAAUGUCACAGGGAAGGGAAACGCGAACAAGUUCUCCAGGCAUGUGUCAGACCUUGCAGAUGGUUAUGAGAAUUUUGACUGUGCAUCGUUUUCUGUAGGCGUCAAUGGGUGCGAUCAGGAAGACAAAUGUCAGGAUACUGAGGACUCGGGACCUGCCGGUUACUUUAUCCUCAACUCUUUCGCUAGCAUACAUACUACGUUCAAAAGCCUUUGGCAGACUGUCGACAAGAUUGAGAAUGGCAUGCAGUCGAAGCUAGAUCAGCUGGUAGAAACGUUUGCUCCAGAUGUGGAUGGGUCAAGCGAGUUCAAUUUGAUUGCAGACUUUCUCGGAAUCGCCGUGGGGAUGUUUGCCGCUCCCUUCUUCGGCAAGAUUAUGCAGACGAAAGACAGUCAUACCGUCGACAUCAAGGACCUUAUUGCGAACACGGCUUCUUGGGGAGCUACUGUAGCCAAGGAUAUACAGAACAGCAAGAGAGAAACACCCAAGAGCAAAGUCGCUGGCAAGCUCAGCGAGAUCUCAGAUCUCUGGACCGAGUCCAUCGAAGCUUUUACCGAAAAAGCAUUCCGCGGAGACGAUGAGUCUGUCGACCUCAUCGGAGAUUUGAUUGCCGACGGUAAAUUCAACAAUGACGAAUUGACCUUUGACAUGUCAGAUCUUCGAAAACAACUGCGCAAAGUCUUUUUCGCAGUCCUCAUCCCCGAGGCUUGGAAGGUUGGCGCAGGAUAUGCUCCGGCCUUCGUCAUGGAUUCCGGUUAUGAUUGCAACGCUGUCGGGCCUCUCGACUACGAGUACAUUGCUCCGAGCACUGGCGAGGAGAUGGGGUACUGCUACCAAGGCCGGAGGUAUUAUCUCCUUGCGCCGAAUGGCCGGGAGCGGAACUGUGAUCCUCAGGUACCCGGUGGCACAGGCGGUAAUCCCACAGACUGCAAACCCAACUACUUCACCGCGCCACAAGGAAUAGAAAAUCUGGAUCCUAAGAAUCAGGGUGCCUACGACUGGGGAGGGAUCACUGCCCAAGAUCUUGUCGCUGGGGCGGUCGAGGGUUGGAAGGCCAACAAGGAGAAAAAUGGUGGUGGGUUUCUUGACCUGACCAAAACCAGCAAUUACGACUUUCUCCUUGGAGACAACCCAAGCGAGGAGAUGGUUGGUGAGCUGGAUUUGAGGGUGGCUGAGCCGUUUGACUUUUUUCAUAUGUAA